CACUGAGUUGCGGGUAGUGUGGAUGUUAGCUUGUGAGAUGAUGUUUUCGAGUGAUUUUGAGCUGGAAUUAUCAAAACAUCUGGAUGGAGUGAUGCAAAGGUAUCAAGAAUGUAAAACGCGUUCAGCAUUUGAAGUGAAAAAUGCUGCAAAAAGGUAUUACCUACAGAAGGAGUUGCGAGCACUGAAAUUUAGUUUGUUGGACAAACAAAGUGAAAUAAACGGACUAAAAAAGAAACAAAAAGACCUAUAUGCUGAUAUAAUUUUGUUAGAGAAACAGACAAAGGCAACAAAGGAACUUAUUGAUGAAGUGAUUCGUACAAUGGAGCUGUCGGAGGAGCAAUAUGACCACAGUGAGGCAAAGUUUUGCAGAGAAAUGAACGAAUUCAUCUCAGGAUCACGAGAAAUCAUCUUGAAAAUGAAAAAUAUGACAAUUGAAAAAAACGAACAAGACGAGAGCGAUGAAUUAAGGAAAUUAAAAAGAGAAGAAGUGUUAGCGCAGCUACAUCACGAAGGUCAAAUGGAGGGUCUUAGUUUAUUCAAAGAGUAUAAGAAAAAGAAAGAUGAAAACAUGAAACUCAUUCAGGAUCUUCUUUGCAGGAAUGAAAUUCUGUAAAUAAGUGAUUAUUCGAUUUUCUAGUCUGUUCUGGCUCAAGUGUUACUUCAAAUUUUCAUUCAUUUUCAUGAGGUUAUGAUUAAUUACUG